UAGGAGGGACCGUGGGAGCCAGAGACGUAUUACCCCUCCCCUCACACAGAGCAGGCAGCCCGUGUAUAAUCUGGCGCGCUCUCGACCCGUAGUAAAGCUGUAGUAAGCGUUGGCUGUAUCUGAUGCUGACGUUCUCGGUCAUACAGUCACUUAGGAAGUAGACUUGCAUGACUAUGGCGUUGUAACGUUACCCGCAAUGUCCAAUAUAUUUGUAUUUUGUGCACCAGUUUUUAUUCUAUGGAUGUUAAAAUGUGUUCAUGGACAGUCUAUUGAAAGUGUAUGCAAGGAAUCAUGUGAGGCGAAUCUGACUCUCACAUCCAGAGAUAGAUCUCUUUUCUGUAAUGCUGAAUGCAAGCUGGACCAGUGCCAGUUUGGCUGUGAGCACUACAAUGUUGCCUUGGAGACGACCUGUCAACAGGCCUGCAGUGAAUCCGUGGUUGAGGAGUCUAACCCAUGCCUUCCAGUGCACAGGACACUGUCACACCCUCCUCAUGGUGGCCCGGACAGUUGUCCUGUUUUUGUACUCUUCUGUAAUGAAGCUGAUGUCACUAGUCUUGGGGACUUGUUGGUAGCUGAUGUCACUAGUCUGGGGAACUUGUUGGUAGCUGAUGUCACUAGUCUUGGGGAACUUGUUGGUAACUGA